AUGGAGACAGCGACACAUAUUAACGACCUUCCCGACGACGUCCUCGCUAGGAUUCUAUGGCAUUGUGAAGAGUCAACACCUCCUAAAUUCGACAGUGACGCGUUAUGGUCUCGGCAUUCAUUGUCGGAGAAGCCAUUGUACCUUCACUCGGUCGUUUUAGAUGAAGAUUUCAGCCCCGACGAAGAGUCGUAUCCAGUAUCGUCCCCCUCCGCCGGUCCAAGCGCUGCCAAGAUCUUCCUUGUGUCGUCUGUGUGCCGUCGCUGGCGCGAUGUAGCUCACCGUGACGUCUCCACGCUGCUCGUCGAACGAAAGCAUGCCAUUGCCCUCCAAAAACUCUCAGAUGCCGUCGCGUGCUUCCCUAAUCUCAACCAUCUCCAUCUGUGCGAUUACAGCGUGGAAACCCUAGACGACACCUUCCUCAAUCACCUCGCAUCAGCGUGUCCUAAGCUCAAGAUUCUUCACGUGGGACGCGAAAUCGCUCACCAUCCGGACUAUGUUGGACCGAAGCAUAAGCGCCCCAUCACCGAAGCUGACCUGGAUCGCUUCUUCCAGCGAUGCACUCAGCUGGAGCAGCUUUCACUGCGCUGCCUCCAUCGGGACGUCCACCUACCCGCUUCCUUCUUCCACCUCACGCGUCUACACACCCUGGCUUUAACAGCCGCCUCCGCCUUAGAAGCUCCAGAUCUGGACAGCCUCGCUUCUCUCACCACUCUCCAUAUCGCCUCCCCGGAGUUGAACGAGGAGCAGCUGGCCAACGUGCGUCGUCUUCCCAACAUCACCAGCCUUUCACUCUCUGCCGGGACCUCGUUUUCUCCUCAUGGCUCGGCUGCCUUAGCCAUCGCACAGCUGCCGUUGAUCAAAUCGUUGGACACUCGCCACGUGUUGCUGUCGGAUUGGCCAGUGACAAGUCUUGAACGGCUGCAGAUAUCAUAUUGCGGAGAAUUGAAGCGGUUUCCGGACAGCAUUGCGGAGUUGCUGCCGCGUCUGCGUGAGCUGACCGUUUCCAGGUGCGAGGCCUUUGAGGAGCUGCCCGAGGGUUUCUGUUCCCUGGAGCACCUCGAGACCUUGUCAGUCAUCGAAUGCGACUUCGAAUUUCGCAGCCUGCCUGAAAACAUCGGGAGAUUGACUGCCCUGAAAACUUUGGUUCUGGAUCAUCUGCCGCUGGCGAGCCUACCUGCCUCCGUUUGCCAGCUCAGCUCCCUGGAGACCUUCUUCCUGCUCUCGUGCGACUCAAUCCGCGAGCUGCCAGCAGGUUUUUGCUGCCUCACAGCUCUCACGACUCUCUGCCUCGGGCGAGUGGCGCUUCCAGCGGACAUAGGCCGCCUGAGUAACCUCCACACCCUGCUUGUGAGAGAUAGCCUCGAGCAUUGGCAUCUGCCGCCCUCGUUAUCCGAGAUCACGUCGCUGACAAGGCUUGAGCUGGACGAGUGCGGCGUGGAGGAGCUGCCAGAGGGCGUGGUGGGAGCGCUCUGCAACCUGCGCCAGCUGCACGUCUCAUACUGCCCUCCGCUCACGGCCCUUCCAGCAUCUGUGACGUGCCUGACUGCCCUUGAAGCUCUCUCACUCGCUUACUGCCAUAAUCUGGCCUCGGCGCCCGCGAGGCUGGACGGCUUGACACGGCUCAAGUGGCUGGAGGUGGCCCAAUGUGACAAGCUCACAAGGCCUCCUCUAGUCUUGCCGCCUUCCAUUGAAUGGCUGAGUUGGGGAGGUCGCAGGCAGGCCAUGGCUCUGCCAGACAUGUCCGCGCUGACGGGGCUUCGAACGCUUCGCCUGGACGUUGUUGCGGUGGCAUGUGGGGUCGCUGUGAGCAGGAGCCUAUCGCACCUGGAGCAUUUGCAGCUGAGUUUGGCCGGCGAUGCGGAGGAGCUUCCAUUCGCCUUGACGUUUCUCUCCCGCCUGCGCACCCUGAUUGCUAUGCGCAGCUGGAGGCAUUGCCAGGGGGGUUUGUGUGAGGUGAAGGCACUGCGGAUGUUGGAUGUGGAGGAGUGCGGGCAUGUGAAGGACAGUGAUGGGUCUGUGCUCCCCAGAAGCAUCAAUGAGGUGUAUGGGCUGAAAAUAUCCACUUAG